AAGGCGAGAGGAAGCCGCUGGGCUGGUGCCUGCCGCCAUCGGAGCGUCGCCCCUUUCAUUGUGCCCCCAGCCCCCGGGCGUCUCUGUCCGGCGCCCACGUCAGCAAAACCCCUUUUGUUUCUCUCGCGUUCGGGCUUCCGCGGUUUGGGGCGGCGGGACCCGCCGCUCGCACGGAAGCGGCGAAGAGCCCGGCCCGCGGGUGCGGGGAUCCCGCCUCCGGCUCGGCGGCCGCCGCCCGCGGAACCCAGCCGAGAAACGUUUCCUGUUUACCUUCUUUUUGGAAUGGAGAUUUCGUCCCAUCAGUUUCAUCUCCUUCAGCAACUAAAUGAGCAGCGCAAGCAAGACUUAUUCUGUGACUGCUGUAUUCUGGUUGAGGGGAAAGUCUUCAAAGCACAUCGAAAUGUGCUGUUUGCCAGUAGUGGUUAUUUCAAAAUGCUCCUUUCCCAAAGCUCAAAAGAGACUAGUCAGCCAACCACAGCUACUUUUGAGGUCUUUUCUCCUGACACCUUCACAGUUAUUCUGGACUUUGUAUAUUCAGGCAAACUGUCUCUCACUGGUCAAAAUGUGAUUGAAAUAAUGUCAGCGGCUAGUUAUCUGCAGAUGACAGAUAUUCUUAGUGUAUGCAAGACAUUCAUUAAAUCCUCACUGGAGAUUAAUGAAAAAGAGAAGGAUCACUACUUCACUCUCUCAGCCAAAAGGGUCAACAGUAGAUUUGACUGCCCACCUUUUUAUAGGUCAAGAAGGAAAGUUAAAAGCAACCCCAUCCGUUCUCACUUAAUUCCAGAUCAAAAGGCAGGCAUGGUGAAUGAAAAUUCCUGGACCAAUAACAGCAACCACUCAUCUUCACAAAUGAAUGUCCAACAGCAAGAAACACAAUUAUCCAAAAGAGGCCAAAAGCUUGGCUCAGUGAAAAAACGCCAGAGGCGUCUAGGAUUGUCACAGCCCCAUGACUUUCUGAAAUAUAAAUCAAACAAACCUGAUGAGGUCAGUGAAAGUUGCAGUGCUUCAGAGACUAACUGCACUUCUCAAUCCAAAGAGCAAAUUCAGUUUGACACAGAGAGUAACACUGCUCAUACUGGGUACCGAUGUGAUCAAGAAUCAAAGGUGAUACCAAAGAAAUGGUCUGUUGCUCAGCUGGAACAAGAACUUUCAAGAACUUCCCAUGUGUAUAUGGAUUUAAAAGCAGAUGAACUGUAUACCUCUAUGCCCACGAUUCUAGGUGUAAUGGGUGGUUGGAAUGAAGAUGAUCUACCUAAGAUGCAAUUCAAGUGCCCCUUCUGCACCCAUACUGUGAAACGGAGAGCAGACAUGAAGCGACAUCUUCGAUGUCACACAGGGGAACGACCUUAUCCGUGUGAGGCAUGUGGGAAAAAAUUCACAAGAUUAGAGCACCUACGUAGCCAUUUCCAAACAAUACAUCAAGCUGGCAAACUAAUCUGCAGAAAGUGUAAGAAUCAUGUCACCGACUUAACAGGACAUGUGGUUCAACAAGGAACAAGGCGCUACAGACUAUGUAAUGAAUGUCUAGCUGAAGCAGAUAUUGACAGCAUUCGUGAUGACUUAAAUGCAGAACAUCCUCUUACUAUCUCUCUCGGAGACAAAAUUUCUGGGUGGCACUUGGAUGAAGAGCACAGAUCAGAUGUAGAGAUGGAGGAUGAACCUGAUAAAUUUGUCAUCCAGCAAGUUAAUGAUAACACAGAUGAGACAGACGAAAAAGUGAAAUCAAAUCUUAGAUAGUUGUAUUUGGAGUGAAAUCUAUUAGUGCUCAUCUCAUCACGGACUUACUACAUCUUGCCAAUUAAGAGACUAUGAUCUACUUAAUCAUUAAUAGAUCCUUUUUAACAAUACUGUAUGGGAGCAAAAUAAGGCCUACAAUCUAGUGUGCACGUAGUUCCAGACAUCCCUUUGUGUCCAUAGGAACUUCUUUCCAACUACGUUUUUUGCUACAAUGUAAAUAUCCCUGAAAAUUGGCCAGAAACAACUGAACAUCUGGAGACCUAUUAAAAUGACUUAUUUUAUGGUAAGCCAAAGACCCACCUCAAAGUUCCUGUUUAAAUGAAAGCAUGAACCAUUUUACUUCCUUUAUUUCAAAGCCUUUGUUAGAACAAAGUUGUUUAAGAUGUUCUAAAAGUCAUUUCUUCAUAGGUUUAAUGUUCUGCCAGCUGCAUCAAAGCAAGAACUACUGAAUCAGUUACUAUGAAAAAAACUACUAAAGCCAGUAGUUAAAAUACAUAUUUUCUGUAAAUACUGUAUUUAACCUAUAUGUACACUUAUGAAAAGUUUACAUUUGAUACUUGUAAUAAAAAUUUUAAAA